AUGGCUGAGAGUAACAAAGACUCCCAAAACUUCGUUCAACCUAUCCUUCCUCCUCUUCCAGAAGAGUUUCAAUCAAUGACACUCGGCGGUCAUUCAGAUCCAAAACGUCUGAACACGAGAGCUGCAGAUACAACCAUGAUCUAUUUUGACAACCCAGUCUGGGAUGACGCCAAGUUUCGUAGAGAGUUGCUUGAUUCUGACGAUGAGCAAUUCUCAAUUGGGGAUGCUCCGGCUAUCAUGAAUGACGAAGACACUCUCGACGAUAUCUUGAGGGUAACUCAUCAUGAGAUUAACUCCAACCCCAUUCAACAUUAUCAAGCGGACGAAACAAUCCUCUCCAGCGACGAUGAGCACGGUCCAAUACAACAAAACUCCUCGGCGCCAAAAAAGCUUCGUUCCCCGGAUGCCAAGUACGAGACGAGUAUCCUUGAUCUUUAG